AUCCAUUCAAUGACGUCAUUGGCGCCCAAAAGUUUCUUGAUCUCUCUAGCUAGGCUGCGCCAAAAGCCCACCAGCAGAGCACAUCAAAGUCAAAUUUCACAAGAAGCCAGACAAAGAAGCAAUGAGGUCCUCUUAUUCUGUGUUAUUGUUGCUGCUGCCGCUAUCGCUAUCAGCUCUGACAGUGUCGGCAUUUCAACCAUCCAAGUUCCCUCUGAGCCUGAAUCGAGCACUUGAGCCACUGCCACCAUUAGCUUCAGCUUCAGCCUCAGCCUCAGCCACGCCAACAACACGAUGGACCGCAGCGACAACGACUGAUACUCGAUCACGGGGUAACCACGGGGUGCUCUAUGCCGGACGAUCACCCAAAAACGCUCCCGUAGAGAAAAGUGGAGCAGCACCAAGCACAGAUGCUUCCAAUGCUACCGGUAAUACCAAGGUGAUUUACAAGGAUGACUGCUUUGGCCUCAUGUCCUUCUUGGCGGGCAUUGGCACCCGCGAUCCCGUCUUUACGGGAAUCUUUUGCUUGCUGUCCUUGUUGGCAGAUGUGGGAACUCGACAGCGAUGGCUUCCUGCCGACUACAAGAAUCCCGAAAUCGUUUCCCGUAAAGUUCCUGCUGUCAUUGCCAUUCUCACGUUGGUCUUGACCCCUGUCCUUGUGGAACCAUUGACCUCUGUGGACGCGUCUUUGUUUGGAGCCGAGCCGGAUCCGAUUGCGAGACCUGUGCAGCUCGUCAUUGGUGGAUUCUCCAUCGUCACGGGGCUUUUGGAUAUCCGCUGGAGAGAUCGAUUUAAUGCCUAGAUAGCUAGUAGCAUAGCCUUAUCGUACAUGUACAUGUAGCAUCCAAUGUUAUAAUUAACUACUAAGGCUGUAUUGAUUCUCC